GUUAUUUCCGGGAGUCCAUGGACAUCAAAGCUGGCCGAUUUUGACGUUGCACCAUUAUACUAUUCGAGUAUAGACGCGGUAUCCAGUUCGCCCGUUCAUCACUAAUCCUACCGGGCAUCGGAACUAUAAUUCUACUCCAGAUGAAUCGUCGCCGAGCAUGCACGUGCUGUCGCAGCAUAGUCGUACUUUGGAGAUAUCACGGUGUCACUUGCUUCUUAAUCAGUAACAACCUCUAACGAUCUGAUACGGUGCUCAAGAUUUGCAGAAAUCUGCGUUGCGGGAUGGCCAUAAAGUGCUGGAUUAGGCAAGUCCGCAUGAAUCUUUCUGCACCAUGUCUAUGACAGGGGAUAUAUCUGCCAAUCAGGAUCCACGCCUAACCGCCGUGACUCCCCGGUGAUAAUAGAGUGACUGGAUAGAUACACUGGCUUUUCUAUAUAUAAAGGGCUGCGAUAGAAACCAAAAUGCAACCUACUGAUCAAUCACGACUACUCUCAGCAACUCACAAGGAUAGCUUAAUAUAUACGCUCUACUUAUAAAGCCCCUCGCUCCACAUCGAUCAUCAAAUGGCUAAGUUCUCUCACGAGGCUGUCUUCGAGGCCGCCUACCAAGCCGGCGAAAUCCCGGGUGUGGCCCUUGUGGCCGCUGAUGCCACGGGGAAGUUUAAGUAUGAGAAAUCAUUUGGCAAGACGGCUCACGGGGAGCCAUUCAAGACAGAUAGUGUUGUGUGGAUGGCAUCCUGUACGAAACUCAUGACAACCGUAGCAGCUUUACAGCAAGUUCAACGAGGACAUAUUGGCUUAGAUGAAGAUGUCGGUAAGGUGCUCCCGGAAGUCGCUGCGUUGAAGGUUUUGAAAGAUUUUGAUGCGGAAGGGAAGCCCAUUUUUGAAGACAAGAAAGAGCUAGUCACUUUGAGAAAACUACUCUCCCAUGCCAGUGGACUCACCAUGGGGUUGUUUUCCCCUAAGCUCCAACAGCUGGAGAAAUUCACAGGCCCUCCUGCGAACCCUCCCAAGGACCUUGUCACCGAGUUCUCUCUACCACUCGUUUUCCAGCCUGGAAAAGGCUGGCAGUACGGCACGAGCCUAGACUGGGCAGGUAAACUCGUUGAGAGGGUUUCCGGGCUGACCCUUGAGGAAUACAUGAAGGCCAACAUCUGGGGUCCGCUUAACAUGCAUCACAUAACCUUUGCUCCUGAUUCGAGGCCAGAGACGAAGUCGCGCAAGGUAGGAAUGACUCUCAGGGACAAGGACGGAAAGUUACAUCCUACAACAGAGGGCUACCUGUACCAAUACGGUGACAGGGAGGAUGCGUAUGGCGGAGCAGCGGGCUGGGGAUCCGCGGAGAGCUAUCUGAACAUACUACAGAGCCUGUGCGCAAACGACGGCCGGGUCCUGAGCAAGGAACUCGUCGAGGAGAUGUUCCGGCCGCAGCUAGGACCCGAGGGCAAGGAGACCUUAAACAACAUACUCCGUUCCGACGAGGAGUCCCGACGAGUUCUUGGUAACACGUUUGAUAUAGACCACCAGGUGAUGGAUUACGGACUUGGCGGAGAGAUCGGCCUUAAAGACGAAGUUGGCAGAAGGCAGGCCGGGACUAUGUCUUGGGGUGGCCUGCCGAAUUUGAUCUGGUGGAUUGAUAGAAAAGGCGGCUUGUGUGGCGCGUUGUUCACAAAUCUGAUACCGGUGGGAGACGCGAAGAUUGUCGAGUUGAUGACGCAGUUUGAGCUGUCAGUCUAUGAGCAGUAUGAAGAAUUUAAGAAGCAAUAGUUUGGCUGUUCGGCUGAUCCGACAUUGCUCUAUGUAAUCUAAAGCGAACCAGGUAGUCUGAUCAAUACCAUUGGCUUUACCGCGGUGAAGUUCAUUACUCGCAUAAUAUUUAUAUUCAUGG